AUGUUUAUGAUUGGCAUAGACCAUAACCAAUGUGCAAUUAUCAUUGACAACAUCCUGAACCAGGGAUCAAAAGUUUGUAUAACAAGGAUAAUCUCUAUGGCUCAGCAAGGUGUAACCAGGCACUCCUGGCACACUGUUGAUGCAAGGUUGAUCCUACUGGCCAGCUUAGCUGUUCUACUGUUCCAAGAGGUCCAUGGAGCCUCCAAAUACAAGGUCUUAAUGAAUGCCAAAAGAAGGGACGGCUUCUCUGAAGAGAACACUAAUGAACAAUUGAAUUGGGGCCGAAAGGCUAUUGGCCAACCAGAAAAAGACAACAUUCUCUUUGAACCCAAGCCCAAAUUGGAACUUUUCACAGAUUGGGAGAAAGAACAAGAUCCCUUGAGACAUUUCCAAAAUCCGGUGCACUUACCUGAAGAAGACAGAGAUUCCUUCUACCACCCAAGUUCUAUAGAGGAUGUCAUUGAAGAACCCAGAAUGCUGAAGAGAUUUCAUUAUGAAGUGCUUCAGGGGCCAGAAGAAGACAGAGACCAUAUCUACCACAGUGCAGAUUAA